AUGGAACUGAAGGCUGAAGAGGAGGAGGUGGGUGGCGUCCAGCCGGUGAGCAUCCAGGCCUUCGCCAGCAGCUCCACGUUGCACGGCCUGGCCCACAUCUUCUCCUACGAGCGGCUGUCUCUGAAGCGGGCGCUCUGGGCCCUCUGCUUCCUGGGCUCACUGGCUGUGCUGCUGUGUGUGUGCACCGAGCGCGUGCAGUACUACUUCCACUAUCACCACGUCACCAAGCUCGACGAGGUGGCUGCCUCCCAGCUCACCUUCCCUGCUGUCACGCUGUGCAACCUCAACGAGUUCCGCUUUAGCCAAGUCUCCAAGAACGACCUGUACCACGCUGGGGAGCUGCUGGCUCUGCUCAACAACAGGUAUGAGAUACCAGACACACAGAUGGCAGAUGAAAAGCAGCUGGAGAUACUGCAGGACAAGGCCAACUUCCGCAGCUUCAAGCCCAAGCCCUUCAACAUGCGCGAGUUCUACGACCGUGCGGGGCACGACAUUCGAGACAUGCUGCUCUCCUGCCACUUCCGGGGGGAGGUCUGCAACGCUGAGGACUUUAAGGUGGUCUUCACACGGUAUGGAAAGUGCUACACAUUCAACUCUGGCCGAGAUGGGCGUCCCAGGCUGAAGACCAUGAAGGGUGGGACGGGCAAUGGGCUGGAGAUCAUGCUGGACAUUCAGCAGGACGAGUACCUGCCCGUGUGGGGGGAGACUGAUGAGACGUCCUUCGAAGCGGGCAUCAAAGUGCAGAUCCACAGUCAGGAUGAACCUCCCUUCAUCGACCAGCUGGGCUUUGGUGUAGCCCCAGGGUUCCAGACCUUUGUGGCCUGUCAAGAGCAGCGGCUCAUCUACCUGCCCCCGCCCUGGGGCACCUGCAAAGCUGUUACCAUGGACUUGGAUUUCUUCGACUCCUACAGCAUUACCGCCUGCCGCAUCGACUGUGAGACCCGCUACCUGGUGGAGAACUGUAACUGCCGCAUGGUGCACAUGCCAGGGGAUGCCCCAUACUGCACUCCAGAGCAGUACAAGGAGUGUGCAGAUCCUGCCCUGGACUUCCUGGUGGAGAAGGACCAGGAGUACUGUGUGUGUGAAAUGCCCUGCAACUUGACUCGCUAUGGCAAGGAGCUGUCCAUGGUCAAGAUCCCCAGCAAAGCAUCAGCCAAGUACCUGGCCAAGAAGUUCAACAAGUCUGAGCAGUACAUAGGGGAGAACAUCCUGGUGCUGGACAUUUUCUUUGAAGUCCUCAACUAUGAGACCAUUGAGCAGAAGAAGGCCUAUGAGAUUGCAGGACUCCUGGGUGAGCUGCUGAUGGCACCUGUCCCCUUCCCGUGCCAUGGGCGUGGUGUGACACGCUACCACCCGAAGCAGGCUGCUCACCUCCGUCCUACAGGGCCUCCUCCCCUGCCAGCCCCAGGGGCCUUCCCCUGUCCCAGUGAGCUCUGUGACAUUGGAGGCCAGAUGGGUCUGUUCAUCGGGGCCAGCAUCCUCACUGUGCUGGAGCUCUUCGACUACGCCUACGAGGUGAUAAAACACAAGCUGUGCAGACGUGGGAAGUGCCAGAAGGAGGCCAAACGGAGCAGCGCGGACAAGGGCGUGGCCCUCAGCCUGGAUGACGUCAAAAGACACAACCCGUGUGAGAGCCUCCGGGGCCAUCCUGCCGGGAUGACGUAUGCUGCCAACAUCCUACCUCACCAUCCGGCCCGAGGCACUUUUGAGGACUUUACCUGCUGA